AUGGAUCACGCUGAACGGUGGCUAUUGGACAACAGAGAUGAGGGCUGUACCGAGAGUGCUGUGGACGGGGCUUGCUGGAACGGCCACGACGCCACGGUGCACUGGCUCGUGUGCGAGCGGAAACAAGCGGGGUCGGAGCGUGCCUUGGACUACGCCGCGUCUACCGGUAGAAUCGAGCUGGUGAAGUGGCUCUCCCGGCGGCCAGGCUCGACCUGCACGGUGGCGGCCAUGGACGGCGCGGCGGGGGGUGGCCACCUCGACGUGGUCCGCUGGCUUGCCGGCAACCGGCAGGAGGGGUGCUCGCAGGCGGCCUUCGAGAUGGCUGCCUCGAACGGUCACUUGGACGUGAUCCAGUGGCUUGACGAUGCCGGGCUCCUUCGUUGUUCUUCGACGGGCUUGGACAGCGCCGCAGGAGGCGGGCACCUCGGUGUUCUUCAGUGGAUGUUGGACCACAAGGAGCACCACCGAUGCUCGUCCAACGCCUACGGGCUUGCCGCAAGCCGAGGGCACCUUGACGUCUGCGAGUGGCUGCAGCUGUGGAUGCCAGACCUGCGAUGUCCUGCCUGGGCAGCGGAGGCUGCAGCCGCGGCGGGACACCUCGAAGUAGUUCGCUGGCUCCACGCCUCCGGCAUCUGUCGGGCCUCUCUCGCCAACCUAGACGAGGUGGCGCGCGAGGGCCAGCUGCGCGCCUUGAUCUGGCUCAGCGAGCGUGGCGCCAGGGCCAGCACCUCGGCGGUGGACAGGGCGGCCGAAGCCGGGCACCUAGGCACGGUGGAGUACCUUCUGCACCACCGGCGAGAGAAAAGCAUCACACACGAAGGUAGGCUUCUACCCUGCGGACUCCGCUGA